AUGGCGAAGCGACGCGACAAGAAGAACACCCCAGUCGACCGGCACAAAGUGUUCGUCCGAAACAUCCGAGAAAACGAUGUAGCCCCCCUGGAGGAAGAGUUUAAAAAAAUCUGCACCAAAUAUUUCUUCUUUAAAAAUAAAAACAACUCCACGAAGAGCGCCAUCUGUUCCUUCAAAUCAGAUCGAGAGGCAGAAAAUUUUAUCCAAAAAUACCACAACAAGAAAAUACAAACCAGCAGCAUCAAAUGUGAAUUUUCCUUCAGGAAAAAAUACGAUGAUAAAAAAUUAAUCUCCAUCACGUAUAGACGGCAAAAGAUUAACCACUUGAACUCCAUCCAGCUGUACACCAACUGUGACGUGGACAGCAUAGUCGUCUUGAGCUACUUGAAAAACCUCUUUCUCUUAAAUAGACGCUUGUUGGUAAACUGCUUAGAUGAACAUGAUCAGGCGGAGAGGAAGGCUUCCCCAAGAGAGCGCGGGUCCCAGGGCGGGGAUGGGAAAGUCCCCCCCAGGGGCAACACCCAGAUUGAUAAGGGCGAAGGUCAUUCAGAGCAGUCCACACAAAAGAGUGAUGGUGACAAAUCUGACGUACCCAGCGACGGUGACGACGUCCAAGUGGUGGCCGAAAAAAAACUCAAAGAGUUUGAAGAAAUUGUCCUAAAUAUUGAAAAAGCGAACAGAAAUUUAGAUAACAGAACGAGGCAAAAAUUAAUCGAAAAGACGUCCAGUAAAAACAAAGCGGUGAGGAAAAACAAAGCGAUAAGUAAAAACAAAGCGCUAGGCAAAAACUGCUUCAUCUACACUGUGGAAUUUUUAAAUUUAAAACUGGCUGCCCUUUUCUACACUUACAUUAACAAAAACAAUUUUGUAAAUUACAUGGAAGAUAAUGUUAAAAAUUGGGAAAAAAAAAAUAUCUUUUUUUUUCACGAGCUGUGCUACUUCCAUAAAAACAACAGGAGAGUCAUCGUAAAAAAUAUUAAGCGGACUUGCCAUGUGGAAAAUUUACAAAAGCUGUUCAGACAUAUAGAAAAGGACCCAUCAAUUUAUAUUCCCAAGAAAAAUAAUAAAAAGCAGGGGUACGCCCUGGUUACCUUCUCCAGCUACCAAAACUUGAAGAAGGCGCUGCUCUUGAACAAGUCCAAGGUGUGCGGAAGUAUCAUCACCGUAGAGGAGGACAGGAAUCCCCGGCUCCUCAAGCUGCUCGGUGUGCAGGCGUCCGCCGCAGGGGAGAGAAGCAAAGACGGCACGGACGAUGGGGGGAGAAGCGGUGAUGAGACGGACCGUGAAGAGAUAAACGAAGGAGACACAGACGACGAAGAGACAAACGAAGGAGACACAGACGAUGAAGAGAUACACGAAGGAGACACGAACGACGAAGAGACCAACGAUGAAGAGACAAACGAAGGAGACACAGACGACGAAGAGGCAGACGAUGCAGAGCAACGCGACCACGGCAAGCGAACCCGCGACCGCACGAACGACGUCGAGGAAGGGAAGACUCUGUUCAUCACGAACAUCCCGAUGGGGACCACCGACGAGGAGGUGCAGAGCUACAUCGCCAAGAACAUCAGCAAAAACUACAUCUACAUAAGGACGUGCAGAAAUAACGGCAAAAAAAUCUCCGCGUUUGUGAAGCUGAAGCAUAAGGAGGACGCAGACACAUUUUUGAAAAAAAUUGGGGAAUACCACGAAGAGGAGGAGGAUGAGGAGGAAGACGAAGAAAACCAAAACGAUGCAAAAAACGAAAACGUAAUUGACAAAUUUUACAACAUGAAGAAAAAAAAGGAAAGAAUGAAACAAAUUCUUCUUAAAGAUCAUAACAGCGGGAAAAAUGCCGAAAUUUUAUUUUUCAAAAAUAACUAUUUAAUGAUCAAAAGGGCAGUCAGUAAGGACUCCUUAAAGGAUAAAAAAAAAUUUCCCAUGGAGGAAGAAAAAAAAAAAAAACAGAAAAACAGACUGCAAAAUAACAUCCAUCUGGUAGAGGACAAUGACAUAAACAAUGAUCACCUGCGAGAAAACAUAAUCAAAAGAAAUAACAAUUUGAUGGAAAAAAAAAAGCAACUCUUAAAAAAUAAAAACUUCCUGAUAAACCCCUGCAGAAUAUACGUUCGCAACUAUCCUGCCUCUUUGGAACAAAAUUUAUUCAGGCAACUGAUAACGAAAUAUUUCACCCCCCUAUUUAUGGAAAAACACAAUUUAAAAAAAAAAGAAGCUUUCAAAAGAGCAAACGAAAUUGUUAAGAAAAUGAAAAUUAUGAAAGAUCACACAGAGCAAAAAGAACCAACGCAAAAUGAGCAAAAAAAUAAAAAAUUAAAAGAUAAAAAGAAUAGCAACAAAAAUGCGCAAAAUUUAAUAUGCUUCAUCGACAUUAACAAACAUGAACAUGCCAAGCAGAUAAUUCACUUGCUCCAAAAUAGAAAUAUUUACGAACUCAUUAACGAAAUAAUCUACAAAAAAAAGUUUCAAACCAUUCGAAAAAAUAAAAACAUCAUGUAUGUUGAUUAUUGCAUUGAAGACAUACGAAUGGUGCAUAUCAAAAAAUUAAAAGAAGAAAAAUUUUUAAAUCACAUAAGGGAAAAAAAUGGAGCGGCAACAAACUCGCUCACCAAAAAGACUAUUAAAAAAAAGAAAAAAAAACAAAGCAGGGGAAAAAGGCAACGGGAAAAAAGACGCCUUCUAAGGAUGCAAAACGAAAACACAAACGUCGCUCAUGUAAUUAAAAGCACGUCGUCCAUCCAUGUGCAACAGUCGAAUGGGACAACUGGGCAGGAGAAAAAAAACGCCCAAACGAAUGGCGCACACAAAGUCAGCGCAACGAAGAAAAAAUCAAAGCUCAAGUUGAAGUUGAAGGAAAAGCGCCUCAACCAGGGCGCCCAUUCCAAGGAGGCGGGCAAAAAAAAGAAUGGCCCCUUCCAACCCGGGGAAAAAAAAGAAAAUACAAAAAAAAAGACGAGCAAGAAGUUAAUCAAAAAGGCCGGGAAGAAAUCUGCAACCAAAAAGGAUAAAGAAAUUGUAAGGAAUGAGAAAAAAAAAAAAAAAAAAAAAAAAACGCGAUACCCCUCGCGCGGAUAG